AUGUCUCGGGCUUUCGCCCCGGCUCGCGCUCGCCUCUCUGGCGCCGCAAUUAUCUCGGCUCCGCGUGUGCUCACAUCCUCCUCGACCAGGCUAUAUUCAAGCACCAAGAGUGCAUUUAAUCCACAGGAUAUACACAGCAUCUCUCACAGCCCCGACCACAUUCAGUCCAAGCUGCCGUCCAAGAAACAGCUACGCAAUGCCAAUCGAUUUCGCGAGUUCGACCUUGAGGGCCGUGUAUUCGCCAUAACCGGUGGUGGUCGAGGGCUAGGACUCUCAAUGGGGGAAGCAUUGAUUGAGGCCGGUGCCAAGGUUUAUGCUCUCGAUCGCCUCGAGACCCCCCAUCCCGAUUUCAUCAAGGCUCAGGAGAAAGCUGAAAACGAGUAUGGCGGUACUCUGGAGUAUAUCCGUAUUGAUGUACGCAACAACACCGAAGUGAACAACACAUUUGCUGCUAUUGCCGCUCAACACGAACGUCUUGACGGCCUGAUCGCCGCCGCCGGUAUUAAUCAUCUCUCCAGUGCCCUGGAGCACUCCCAGCAAGCUCUGGAUGAUGUGAUGACCAUCAACUACAAUGGUGUCUUCAACUCCGCCACCGCUGCUGCUCGCCAGAUGUUCAACUACCAGGUCAAGGGCUCUAUUUUGUUGGUUGCCAGUAUGAGUGGCCUUAUCGCGAACAAGGGCAUGACCUCGCCAGUUUACAACUCCUCCAAAGCUGCCGUAAUCCAACUGGCUCGCUCACUGGCAAUGGAAUGGGGCCGUCACGGCAUUCGUGUCAACAGCCUGUGUCCCGGCCACAUCAUCACCCCAAUGGUCGAGGAGGUUUUCCAGCAGAACCCUGCUGCUCGCGCCACUUGGGAAGCCGAGAACAUGCUUGGUCGUCUGGCAAUGCCAGAGGAAUUUCGCGGUGCCGCCCUUUUCGCUCUCUCCGAUGCUAGCAGCUUCAUGACCGGCAGCACUAUGCUCAUUGAUGGUGGCCACACCGCAUGGUAA